AUGGGGAACGCCGGUUUUGUGUCGCACCAGUGGGUUGAUGAGCAGCACCCGGAUCCGGAAUUCAAGCAGAUGCGGGUGCUUCAGGACGCCUUGAAGUGCCUCUUGCAGAGUUCUGGGUCAAUCCCAGUAGAUUUAAUGACGGAGAAUGCUGUGCAAAAUGCCAAAGGCAUCUCUUUCCGUGAGUUCCAGUCCAGACCUUUGUUUUUAUGGUACGACUACAUCUCUGUCCCGCAAAUGCGGCUGUCUUCUCUCUACGCCUCGGGCGCGGACGUGAGGAGCGAGCAGGCCAGGGCCAUCAAUAGCAUCCCUGCCUACAUUGCCAAGUGCCGCUACUUCUUCGCGCUGUGCCCAGUGAUCGAUUGUCCUCUGCAGGGUCGGGUGAUGAAUGCCAUGAGCUGGGCACGGCGCGGGUGGUGUCGCGUCGAGCGUGCAUCGCGUGAGCUUUCCAAGCAUGAUACAUGGUUUCUAGUGCAAACUUCGACCUCACUGGAGCUUGUCGGCACCGCGUUUUCCUUCGUCACCGGGUCCGUUGGCGAGGGUGCGUUCACGGUGGCGAGCGAUCGAGCGAAGCUCGGCCCGGUCAUGCAGACAAUCGUGAGGCAAAAGCUGAGGCUGUCACUCCAAGAAGGUGAUCUGCCAGGCUACCGUCGGCACCUUAACUUACAGGCCGUACACCUCCGAGACCUUGGUGUGGAGCACGUCAAGGUCGCCGACCUUGGCCUGCACUUCGAGGCAGAUGUCGAGGAUGUCUGUGCUGGUGACGUGGUGGCCUCGUUCCUUCAGCAGAACGGGCUUGCGGCGGUCACUGCGAAGGAUGCUGCGGGCUGGUGGCCGCUGCACUACGCGGCCCUGUCGGGGAAUGUGGAGGUCCUCAGGGGCUUGCUGUCGCAGCGCGCGGAUGUGAAUCGGCGAACCUCCAAGAGCGAACCAAAGUUGGGGCUCCCACCCUGGGUCUCUGCUUUGGACCUGGUGGUCUUCUACAAGCACAACGAUGCGGCGCAGCUGUUAAUCGCAGCACGGGCACGCCUGCAAGGUGGGUUCUUGCCCGCCAUGCAGUACGCGGCCGCCGCGGACAACGCCGAGGGCAUCCGGUUGCUCUGCGUGGCCGGCGGAGACGCCCUGGGACGAAACCUCUUCGGCUCGACGACCCUGGAUUCUGCGGCGGCGUUUGGCGCGCGGGGGGCCUUGGAAGAGCUCUUGAGCCGGGCGCGCCCCAGCCGAAACGACAUCUGCCUGGCACUCCAGGCCGCCAUGCUCCACCGGGGGGGGUCGGCAGAGAUGGUGCAGCUCUUGAUCGACCGGAGGGCUGACGUGAACUUCCAGGUGGACAUCCGCCGUGAUCUGAACCGCUUCUCACGCCUCGUCACCGCAGCCAACACCCUGCAACACAGGCUUGGAAGAAUCACGGCCAACUCCGUCCAGGCCUUCCAUGCUCACGGUCAGACGCCCCUGAUGGCGGGCUUGAAGUCAGCACAAUGCGAGGGCGCUGCUGCGCUGAUCGCGGCGGGAGCCCAGUUGGAGCUCAAGAACUACCGCGGCUGGACGGCAGCCGACUUCACCACAGGACAGUCGCUCCCGGACUUUCUACAGCAGGGCCUCGACGGAGACCCCGCUGAGUGCCAGAGAGUGUUUUCCCUUGCGCUCCCCGACGGCUACGUUGAGGUAGCCCUUUAG